AUGAGUUCUUAUCGAUGUGAUAAUAGCGAUAGUAAUCUAUCGUCAGGUUCUGUAAAUGUCACAAAUAACUUUAUCGUCAAUACGAAGACGAACAUCAAAGCAGGAAUCGAUAGUAGCAACAGCAACAACAAUCAAGCGACAUUUACAAGCGAGGAUAUACAGAAUAGCCACCAAAUACCAUUAGUUAGACUGCCAUCUAAUACAUUAUUGAAGUACACUGCUUACAAAGAUGUUUCGAUACAACAUUUUCUCAUGCCAAUGGAUUCACGAAGUGCUAUGUUCAGUUUCAAAGCAUACGAAGAAUCUAAAAGUGCCUUAACUCGAGUUUGUCAACCACAAGAUGUAACAUUACACUUGAAAGCUGGAAGCUAUCCAGUGAUAAGUCCCGAGAACAUCACAUUCCCUAAGCAUUUUCUCAGUGCUCAACAAAGAUUUGAAAUUUUUACACUUCAAUUCAAAUCGGAUGGUGUGACACGUCGGAUGACAGUUGAUGGGCCGCAUCCAGGAAAUUGGUUUGGGGUUGCAUUCAUCUCAUGGACUGAUCCCAACAAUGAAAGAAUUGAACAGCAAGGCUUGUCACCGUCUUGCGAGACACUUCUGCUAUCUGAAAUGACUGUAACACGCGCUUCAUUGAAAAUUCUCAAUUCGGAUGUUGACUUUGUUGACUUCUUAUCAACAAACAUGACCGUUGGCAACAGCUAUAAAUUUUUCGUGCCACGAAAUGUUGACAUUUGUUCGUUUAAGUUGACAAUCAAAAAGCUUUGCGAAAGAUGCGAAAAAAUCAACUUCGCCGUUCAAGCGCAUUCACUUCCAACAUCAAAAAAUUAUUUGAACAGUAAAGAUAUUAACGCGAAUGAAACGAGCGAGACGGUGAUUGAGUUUUAUCCACAUGAGAAUGCGUGGCAUUAUGUUGACUUGAAAUUUGCUGAACCGAAGGAACCAUCGAUGAAAUUUAAUGCGUCAACAUCAUCGUCAAGGACACAAACACUUAAUAAUUCUGCCGUCCAAUCUGUCGCGUACAGUGCCAUGUUAGAGUUUCGUUAUAAUCACAUCAGUGAACAAACAGAAGACGAAACCGUGAAAAUUGAAGUGACUGACAAGGAUGAGGACAAUUCAGAUGAUUUCGUCAAGUACGUUCCAUCAAAAACUCGCAACUUUGAAGAAUAUCCUUUACUACGUCAAACAUACCGAGAAUUCUUCAUGUACGAUUAUGAUUUAGUUCCGGAUAUUAACGGAACCGUACCGAUCUCAAUCAACUUGACAGCCGGCAUUCCGGCUUUGAUGAAAUUUCACAUUGGUGAUGUUUAUGACAUUGGUGGCACUUUAAGUUUCGCUAUCGCGAUGCGUCAUGAUAUUUCAGGAGGUUUAAUUGACUCAAUGCCUGUGACAUCAACGACACUUGAUAUGAAUGGCGAAGGUGCGAUAGCGGAAAAACUCGUCGCCGAAGAGACAAAGCAGGCAAAUCAAACGGUCGUAAUUUGUCUUCAUCUAAAUGAACCAGGAUUGCCUACAUGGCCUGAUCGAUGUAUUUAUGGUCGACAAAAUUUCCCAGCUAAUAGCGUCAUUAACAAUACUGACGCUGAAACAGGAACGGGCGUCAUUCAUGUGCCAUUUCCAGAAACAGGCACUUGGUAUGUUACCAUUGGACUGUUCUGUCACAAUGACAAUCUUGCCACGCAAACAGCUGGAACAACCAUCAUUGAUAGCGUUAAAACAUUCAUACGACAUAACGCACAAACUCUGACGUCUUUCAAACCGCCAUGUUCAUGUGCUGUUGGUAUGAAUACGACAAUUCAGAAAGAUUGCUUAUUGAAUGAUGUUUGUUUAAAUGCGCUUCGGGAUUCAGAUAUAUUCAAGAUAAAAGAAUGUUUAAUGGAUGUAAAAUGCACGGGCGUGGAACACACGAAAUUCUCAAGAGCUUUUGACACACAUUACAAGUGGGUGACGGAACAUUCUAUAAGUGGAAAGACGCUUGGUUGUGUUGAUGGAAGUUGUAAUUCAAGUGUUGUUUUCACGCUUGCAUCGAAUCCUUGUGUGACAGGUCGUUGCGGUCGGAAUGGUCGCUGUUACCACUACAUGUCAGGUGGUUUUAUAAGCGUUUUGCAAUUCUGCGAUUUCUAUUGUGGGUUGUUGGCUAUAUGGGUGACGCUCAUUGCUAUGGCGAAUGUAAGACAAACGUUCGUGUCCCUCCUUCACAUGUUCGGAGCGAUAUUAUUAGCAUUUGGAACUGAGUUGAACAAACAAUCCUUAUGGGUGUUUUUGGCGCCAGCGUUAACAGGAAUCUGCAUUAUAUCUGUGAGCUGGGGCAUGAAGUGUCGGAAGAAAAAGCAGCUUUAUCCCUCGAAGAAGUACUUGGCGCUCAAUUUGCCACUUGGAAGCGUCCUCGUCAUGAUUGGCUUGGUUUGCUAUGCUUUCCUACAAACAAAGCAGAACUAUCACAUCGUUCAUUCAAUCUGGCAUAUGGUGAUGGCACUGAGUAUUUUAUGUUUGUUACCAAAGCGGAAAGUUUUCGAAACAAAAUGCUAGCAGAAGGCCACGAUAUAUCUUUUAGACUCGGACAAUUCGUUCAACUCGGGAUCAACAUUGGCAUCUUGAUCUUUGACAUAAUGUCGAGACAAAUAAAAACCCUCUCUAGAGAGACUUUGAACUUUGACGUUCAACGAGUGGCGAAUUGAUAUUGAGAUCGAAAGAUAUAUGAAUUAAUUUAAUAGAAAAUUACUGUGCAUUAAUUAGCAGCAGCAAGUUGAUUAACAUUCCUACAGUGUAAGCUUGAUUCUAUAAUUAACUUUCUUCAUUCUCUUACAGCACAAAGUGCAGUCAAAGCAGCUUAUCGAAAAACUUUCAUUAUCCUCUCUGAAUACAUAUUUAAAUACAUUUUGUCGCAAUCAUAAAUAAAUAAAUUCGUAAAGUGUAAAAUGAAACCCAAAACUUUCACUUGCAAACGAAACUUAAUUGUGUGAAUCAUUUGAAAGCAAAAGAAAAAGUUUGUUGAAAAAGGUUGAAGUUAAAAUAUUUUCCAACUCACUGGUAUUUAUUUUAAUUUAUAUGAUAAUUCGAAAAGCUUUGAAAAAUUUAUGUUGUCGACUGAUAUAUAAGUAAUGCAAGAAAGUGGAAAUUUAAAGAGAGUUAAAGAUUCUGUUAAAGUAUUUUCUUUUCCAAAAUCUCAAUAAUACUUACAACUGACAACACAGCAUGUUCUCACAUUUAAUUUUCCCUUAGCAGGCUUACACUGUGCGAAGAAAAGAGUUUAAUUAAUGCUGAAACAUUUACUCUUUCAUUCCAUGUCAUGUAAAGUUCUAGCAUAAAAGUCAUAAGCCUUAUGUAGUUCUAAACUCUGAUCGCUAUCAUUUAGGCUUAAAAAAAAGUCAAACAAAAUAACUGGCACACUCUUCCCUUUGUCAACACUCUUCUCUAUACAUAUACAUAUAUUUUUUCCAAUGAUUAAAAUGACAUAAACACAUUGUGAGUAAAGCAAACAGGAAUUAAAAAUAAGUAAGAAAGAAUAUUGUAGCACUCGAGAGAGAGUCAUGAAUGUAGUUUUUAAAAAAUUGAAACAAACAGAAAGUUCACCACCAUCACCACAUAAGUCAACUUUGUUUUCAUAGAUAUUUUGUUCAUUUACGAAGAAAACAAAACGUUUAUAUUCAUGCAAGGGUGGAGUUCUCAUUACAACUUGACCUAAAUCUCUGUCGUUUCAAUUAUUAAAUGUUUAUUGUUUGUACGUAUUGAAACUGAAAUAUCCCUGCAUAGUUACUUAUUUAUGUUGAAAAGGUAAAGACUUUCAAUUCCUUUGUUAAUGCACAAUAAUUAACCGAAACGUAACAAAAAGAAGAAUUAUAAAAAAAGUGUAUUUGUUUAAGAAAGAAGAAUAAAGUAAAAUAAAUGGAAGGGAAAAUAAGAAAAAAUAA